AUGAGACAAGAAUUGAAGAAAAAGAUUGACGAAUUACAAGAAUUGAAAAACAAAUGGGAAUUGAAAUGUGACACCAAUGAUGAGAAUUUGAAAAAGAAAAUUCAAGAAAUUGAAAAACAACAACAAAUUCUAAAAAAGGAAAUUGAUCAGGUCUUUCAAGAUUUACAAGAAUGCAUGAAAAAGAGAAAUGAUGUAUUGAAGGAAGAGGUGGACAAGUUGUAUUUGGAAAGAAUUUGCUUCAUUUCCAAAAUGAAAGAAUUGAAAUAA